GUGUGUAAGAGUGAGAGUACGCAACCGAUCCAACAUGUAUACGGCUCUCUUAUUGCUGCGGUCGGCCAAGCCCGGCGCGGCCUUCCUGAGAAGAUUCUCCUCCUCGACCAACCUGCCGCUCUCGCUUAAUCACGUCUCGGGCAACCGAGUGGACCUUCGCCGGGAACUACAGACGGGCGAUAGGCCACGGCGCGCGACUUUCACCGAGCGCAACCAGCUGAAGUUCGCUCGAAGGAUGGUGGUGAAGCUCGGCAGCGCGGUGAUAACUCGCGAGGACGAGCACGGACUCGCCCUGGGAAGACUCGCCAGUAUCGUCGAGCAGGUAGCCGAGUGCCACAACGAAGGCCGAGAGUGCAUCAUGGUGACGAGCGGUGCCGUCGCCUUCGGCAAGCAGAAGCUCGCCCAGGAACUCCUCAUGUCGCUUUCCAUGCGCGAGACCCUCAGCCCCGCUGACCAUACCAGGGAGCACGCAUCUACGAUGCUGGAGCCCAGGGCCGCUGCUGCCGUCGGUCAAUCAGGCCUCAUGUCCCUUUACGACGCGAUGUUCGCCCAGUACGGGGUGAAACUCGCUCAAGUGCUCGUUACGAAGCCCGACUUCCUUAACGAAGAGACCCGUAAGAACCUGUUCAGCACCCUCAGCGAGCUCAUCAGCCUGAACAUUGUGCCGAUCAUCAAUACCAACGACGCUGUCUCCCCGCCUCCCCAGGCCGACGAGGAAGUCGCCGGUGGCGGUGGACGCCGUGGCAUCUCCAUCAAGGACAAUGACUCCCUCGCAGCGAUGCUCGCGGCCGAGGUCCAAGCCGACUUACUCAUCCUCAUGAGCGACGUCGACGGCAUCUACAAUCUGCCACCCUGGGAGGAUGGUGCCAAGCUCCUGCACACCUUCAGCUCCGACCAGCGCGGCUCCAUCACCUUCGGCCAAAAAUCCAAGGUCGGUACCGGUGGCAUGGACUCCAAGGUCAACGCUGCCCUCUGGGCCCUCGACCGCGGCGUCUCCGUCGUCAUUUGCAAUGGCACUCAGGAGAAGGCCAUCAAGAGUAUUAUGGGCGGUAGAAAGAUCGGAACUUUCUUCACCGAGACCACCAGCACCUCCGCGCCCGUCGAAGUUACCGCCGAGAAUGCUCGUGUGGGUAGUCGCGUGCUUCAGUCGCUCCUUCCGGAGGAGCGAGCUGGCUGUAUCAACACCCUGGCCGACCUCUUGGAGUCCCGGCAGAACGACAUCCUCGACGCGAACGGUCGGGACGUUGACGAGGCCCGGAAGACCGGACUGGCCAAGCCCCUGCUCUCGCGUCUCUCUCUGACAUCCUCGAAGCUUAAGUCACUGCGCGACGGCCUCCGCCAGAUCGCCGACUCCUCCCUUACCAACGUCGGCCGCGUCGUCAGACGCACACGGCUCGCCGAUGGCCUCGACCUUAAGCAGGUCACCGUCCCCAUCGGUGUCCUCCUCGUCAUCUUCGAGUCCCGGCCCGACAGUCUGCCUCAGGUCGCGGCACUGGCCAUGUCUAGCGCUAACGGCCUGUUGCUAAAGGGCGGCAAGGAAGCCGCGCACAGCAACCGAUGUUUGAUGGACCUGGUGAAGGAGGCCCUGAGCUCCGUAGGCGCCGCUAACGCCAUAUCCCUGGUAUCGACUCGCGAGGAGAUCGGCGACCUCCUCUCGAUGGAGCAGCACAUCGACCUCAUCAUCCCCAGAGGCAGUUCCGAGCUCGUUAGAUCGAUCCAGUCUCAAUCUAAGCAUAUACCAGUUCUUGGCCACGCGGAGGGCAUCUGCCACGUCUACGUGGACAAGGAGGCCGAUUUGCAGAAGGCCCUGAAGAUCAUCCGGGAUUCAAAGUGCGAUUACCCGGCGGCUUGCAACGCCAUGGAGACGCUUCUCAUUCACGAGAAUCACAUGACCGGGAGCUUUUUCUCGGACGUCUGCAGCAUGCUCCAGAAGGAGGGGGUGAAGAUCUACGCCGGCCCGAAGCUCCGCAAGCACAUGACUUUUGGACCGCCGGCGGCCAAGAGCAUGAAGAUCGAGUACGGGGCACUCGAGUGCACAAUCGAGGUUGUGCCGAGCAUCGAGGAGGCGGUGAAUCACAUUUACAAGUACGGCAGCGGACACACGGAAGUCAUUAUCACCGAGGACUCGAGGAACGCCUCCCUCUUCCAGCGCGAGAUAGACAGCGCCUGCGUCUUCCACAAUGCCAGCAGCAGAUUCGCCGACGGCUACAGAUUCGGUCUCGGUGCCGAGGUCGGUAUCUCGACGGCGAGAAUCCACGCGAGAGGCCCAGUCGGAGUCGACGGUCUCCUCACCACCAAAUGGGUCUUAAGUGGCGAUGGUCACGCGGCUUCGGACUUCGCCGAUGGCGGCUCAAGGACUUACUUGCAUCAAAGUCUACCACUCGACGAUAAGGCGUGAUAACAUACUUAUUCGCACUUUGACAACUUGUUGUUCAUCGAUUUGUAAUAAGCGACAUAUGUAGGAAUAUAUUAUUAUUAUUAUUUAUUUAGACAAUUGUACAUUUAAUUUGUGAUUACUAAAGUUUAAGCAUUACAUGAUGGGACAGGCCACUGAUUGCUUUUUUCUCGCUUUACUGUAUAGCACUUGAUAUUUAUACUAUAUUUUUCUAUCGCCG